GGAACGGGCAGUCAACACUUCUCAGCCUGGAACACUCCAGCUUACUGUGGGCAACCUGAAACCAGAGGAAACCUACACCUUCCGAGUGGUGGCAUACAACGAGUGGGGACCAGGAGAGAGCUCGCAGCCCAUCAAGGUCGCCACGCAGCCAGAGUUGCAAGUUCCCGGGCCGGUGGAAAACCUGCGGGCUGUGUCUACCUCACCAACCUCGAUUCUCGUCUCCUGGGAUCCUCCUGCCUAUGCCAAUGGCCCCGUCCAAGGCUACAGACUCUUCUGUACAGAGACAGCGACGGGAAGAGAGCAGCACGUGGAAGUGGAUGGGCUCUCAUACCGGCUAGAGGGGCUGAAGAAGUUCACCGAGUACACCCUACGCUUCCUCGCCUACAACCGCUACGGCCCCGGCGUCUCCACUGAGGAUGUGACGGUCACCACGCUUUCUGACGUGCCCAGUGCGAUGCCUCAGAACAUCUCCUUGGAAGUGGUGAACUCCAGG